GCUUGGACUUAUAACUGCUCUGUUGUAAUCAGUCAGAUCAAUCAAAGAAAUUCAUUAAAAUCAUUAAACAUAAGAUGCUAUGGAUCUGUGUUUUUGCUUAAUACAAACUGAGAUCAUUCAGGGUUUUAAAAAGCUGUUUAACUGUAUUUCUGCUGAUGAAAACAUGAAGCCAUCUGACCCACUUAAUGUGGUUGUUAUUUAUCAUGAAAACAGGUUUCAACCAGCUGCCUUCCUUCAGAGCUCCCACGUUGUUCCACGCAGCAGAGCCCACCUCCAUCCACCACAACCGACCAAUGAGGCGGCAGAGCCGGGACGAGCCUUCAGCAGGAUUCCUCACUACAGUAACCCCAGUCAUGUGACGGCCAUAUAGUGGAACUCAGUCCGCGUUCACUCACUCAGUCAGUCUGUGUGCACUGUGCAGCCGCUGCUGCAUGGCCAUCCUCCGGGCAAUAGACGGAUACAAACACUCCCCGCGCCUUUUGCAUUGCGAUCAUAUCUGCUUUGAUUGAUCAAGACACACUAUAUCCCUGCUGGUUUCGCGACACUUUUUCUACCCUGAGAGAAAACACCAGGUGUUUCACUAUCUCACCAGAGUGGGAAGUGUGACCUUGGUGACCUGGGUUUGUUUGGCCUAACUUUCCCAGCAGCACAAGGAAUAAUUAUCUUACAAAUCAUCCUAAACACAGACUCUGAGUCCAACAAGACACAGCCUUUUGGCACUAUCCAGGGAUGGUAGAUCACUCUCCAGUUAGCAAGGGGACUUUUCUUCCCUCCAGUGGCUCUCCACAGCCCUACCGGCUGUCUGACAUGGUGACAGACCUGAGCUCCUACCAGGUGAUGCCGUCACCGUUUUCGGAGGACGAAUUGAGCGAGUCGUCCAGCCCCCGUUCCUGUUCCAGCCCGGACUCCCAGGUGCUCAGCUCCAGCUACGGCAGCAACUCUAGUGCUGAGAGCCAGGACAGCAUUCUGGAUCACCUGCUGUCCCAGGCGUCUUUAGGAGGUGCCAACAGUAUGCUGGCAGGGUCUGAGGCACCUAUAGCAUUAUCCACCUUCUUCUGGGACUCACGGAGAGAUGAGCCCUCCAAACGCGAGCCCGUAAAGGAGGAACAUUUUGACUUCCUGACCUGGUCCAAUGUGGAGACAGAGGAACAACUUGUAGGGUCCUUCCAGCCCACACUGGAAGAGAUUGAAGAAUUCCUGGAGGAGAAUAUGGAGGUGGUAACAAUGAAGCAGGAAAUCCGAGAGGGUUGUCCGGGGUUGGGAGUGGGACUGGAAGAGGCUCUUGGUCUAAAAGUUGGCUUGGAGUGGUGCACGGACACCUCCCCUGAGCCUAAGCUAGAGCCAGAGGCCAAGUGUGUAGACCACCUGGCCACUGCUGCCCCCAGUGAGACCAAAACUACAUCAGUUAACCACAUGCAUGAAUCCAGCACAGGGGCCAAGAAGGCAUUAGCCAACAACACUUCAUCAGCAGACAGUGGCACAAACAGUAGUGGGAUGCCGGUCAUCCUACAGAUUCAGCCUCUUGAGAUCAAGCAGGAGCCCACAGUAGCGCCUCUUACCCCAGUAGCCCAGCCUCCACCGCUUGCCCCAGUCUCAGACAUCAAAAUUGCACAGCUAUUGGUCAACAUCCAAGGUCAGACCUUUGCCCUGGUGCCCCACAUCCUGCCCUCUCCCAGCCUUAACGUCUCCUCCAAGUUUGUCCGCAUUGCUCCCAUCCCCAUUGCAGCCAAGCCUCUUGGGCUCGGGGAUUGCUCAGCCAGCCAGGGCUCAGGGGUUCUUGUUGGAGGUCAAAAGUUCCAGAAGAACCCAGUGGCGGAUCUUAUCAAAAUGCACAAAUGCACUUUUCCUGGCUGCACCAAGAUGUACACCAAGAGCAGCCACCUGAAGGCCCACCUGAGGAGGCACACGGGGGAAAAGCCUUUCGCCUGCAGCUGGCAGGGCUGUGGAUGGAGGUUUUCCCGGUCGGACGAGCUGUCUCGACAUCGGCGUUCCCACUCAGGUGUCAAGCCUUACCAGUGUCCAGUUUGUGAGAAGAGGUUUGCCCGCAGUGACCACCUGUCAAAACACAUCAAAGUCCACCGAUUUCCACGAAACAGACGGACAGUUUGCUCAGCCAACUGACGCCCCGCUGGGAUCACUGGGAAUGCUGGGAUUCAUACAGACACAGGCCAUGGAGGCAUGGUCCGAGCGUGAACGUACGUGUGUGUGUGCAAAUGUUUGCACCAUCAUCAUGUCAGUUUGCAUAUGUGAGUGGAAGUCUGUGCAGUCUGUGAUUGUUCUAAUGUAUUGUACAAGUAAACUGACACAG